CUCCCCCAUUAGUGAGGCUGCAGAGCUGAGUGACCCAGGACCAUGUCUCAGCUCACCUCGUGGGACCCUCUGAGUGAACCUGAGGAGGGGCGGAGCUUCCUGCUACUGGAUGAAGAAGAGACCCUGCAGUUCGGGACAGACGUAAAUGAGUUUAUGCACUGAUCAAGCAAUCAAUGUGUAGUGUGUUGCAGUGUCAGAAAGCAAAAAAACACCCUGUGGAAUAAGAAAACGCUUUUUUGACUAGAAGCAUUUUGGCAACAUGAUUCCGUGCUCCAGUUAUGACGCGGUAAUGUUUGAUCUUAAUGACACUUGCGGAAGUGCGUAAGGAGGUGCAAAGUGUGACAGAUUUUCUUGUCAAGCUUGACUGUAACCCACAACAUCCUGUCAAAGUUCUUUGUAUCUUCGGCAACACUGGAGAUGGAAAGUCCCACACCCUCAAUGAGACAUUUUUUGGAGGUCUUGAGGUUUUCAGAACAUCUCCCACCCAAGAUUCAUGCACAGUAGGAGUGUGGGCAGCCUAUGACCCAUCCCUGUCUUUGAUUGUCCUGGACACCGAAGGUCUACUGGGGGCUACUGACAAGCAGAACCAGCGUCUCCGUCUUCUCCUGAAGGUCCUUGCUGUGUCAGACUUGGUCGUUUAUAGGACACGGGCAGAAAGGCUGCACAAUGAUAUGUUUCAGUUUUUGGGGCAGGCAUCCUCGGCAUACUUAAGGUUCUUCACUCCCGAACUCAAAGCCUUAUCCAGCCGCUGUGGGCUUGAGGUUACUUUGUCCAGUCUGGGACCAGCUCUGCUUAUUUUCCAUGAAACUAGUCGUACAGACCUUCUUGGCCAAGGCGGUAAAGUUCCUGGCAAGGCUGAGAAUGAAUUACAUAAGAGGUUCCAUGAGCUGGGAAACCCUCCUGAAGCCUUCAGCUCCAUCCGAUAUGUGGGGGUGAAGACAGUGACACCUCCUACUGAUUUCUCUGGGCUGCUAGAAGCUGUGAGGAAGCAGGUGAUGGACACCUCCACGCGCUCAUCCCGACCCCCUGGUCAUGUCUUCAGUGCUCUUCAGAGUCUAAGUGAGAGAUUCUCCGGGGACAUUCCAGAGGACCAAAUCAGUGUGACUUCAUUUUUCCCUGAUGAGUAUUUCACCUGCUCCAUGCGCUGUCUAAGCUGCAGAGCACGCUGCAAGAAUGGGAUGAACCACUUGAAGGAUGGCAUCCCCCAUGAAGCAGAAGGAUUAUGCCAAUAUGCCCAUCAGUAUUGCAAUAAAGUUUACAUUUGUAAGAGAUGUUACGAGGGGGGACGAGAGGUGAUUGUUGUCCCACAAACAGUGGCUUCCAAAGACAACCGAUUGGUUGGACUUGCAAAAUACGCAUGGGCUGGGUAUGUCCUUGAGUGCCGAGUCUGUGGAAUUAUCUUCCGGAGUCGCCAGUACUGGUAUGGGAACAGAGAUCCAGAUGGGUCUGUUGUACGUCAGGAAGUUCGACAUGUAUGGUCCGAGCAAGAGUCGAGCUCUACAGAUCAACACAAUGCAGCUCAGCGUGUUCUAGAUGAAGUCAAUGCAGUCAUCCAGACUGUCAAUGAUUACAGUGCUGGUCCGACACGUGCAGUCGCUUCCUGGUUGACUGACCAAGUGGCUCCACCUUACUGGCGACCAAAUGCUCAGAUCAUGGAGUGUCAUGGCUGUAGAAAGCCUUUUGUGGCAGCUGAAAGAAAACAUCACUGCAGAGCGUGUGGAGAAGGCUUCUGUCAUAGCUGUUGUAGCCGCACAAUGCCGGUCCCUGAGAGAGGUUGGGGUCCCUCUCCAGUGCGAGUCUGUGAGAAGUGUCACAGCAAUGGGAAGAAGAAGGGUGCAGUUGCAGAUGACGUUGGAAGAAGUUUAUUACCUCGUAUGGUGACAGAAGUGGCCCAGAGCUCAGUGGAUAAAGUGUCUAGUAUACUGGAAUACCCUUUAGGUUUUGUAAAAGACGCAGCACGUCCCAGUUACUGGGUGUCCGACAGUGAAAUCACCAACUGUCACAGCUGUAAGAAGCUUUUUACUCCAAACAUGUCCAGACAUCAUUGCAGGGCGUGCGGCCAGGGAUUCUGCGAACCCUGUUCCAACUGCAGACGGCCGGUCCCCUCUCGUGGCUGGCAUCACCCCGUGAGAGUGUGCGCGUCCUGUGGGAAGAAGAAUGGAGACCUCUGAAAUAGAUACCGUCUCCACCUUUUUUGGAUUCUUAAUGUCACGCACAAAAGUCAUCUCUUGGGUGAAGUGAUAUUGCAAGUAAUAAUUACUACUGGAAAUUAGAGAAUCGUCCCAACUGAAACUGGCUUCUGUAGACGCUGAAGGUGUCACUGGCACUGUCAAAUAAGAUAUUCAUUGUAUGGAUGAACUUAGCAUAUGUGGAACUGUAGAUACAUUUGAAUGAGACAAGUGGUUCAGUUGAAAUGGUGUGGCUGGUCCACCAUCUUUGUUAAGGGCAAGCUUAAGAUGACCGAGAUGACAGGGCACAAAAAAAAAAUCUUGCAAGAUGAUGGAAUAUAGACUUGAUUGUGGGUUUAUCUGACAUAUUCCUUAUUAGGAUACAUUUUUCAAGAGACAAGUGAAGAUUUUGGAAGUAUAAACAUGGAACCUGCAGUAAGCGAAGAAGCUAGUGUGUGAUUGGUUAAUUCAAUCUAAUUAAUGCCGAAUUUGUUGGGUUCUCUAUAACCGGCUGGGGGACUUGUUUUUCUAUAUAAUCUCUUAGAGCAGCAGUGCAUGGACUUUAUAGCAGCAUCUGCUAAAUAAUUGAUGACAAAAUAAGGAACUGCCCAAUAAAUCUAAAAUCUCUAUUUCCUUUUGAAAUAUUUAGAAGACUUCUUUGUUAACACUAAUACAACCAAUAAAAACAUUAUGUAUUUCCCUGUG